AUGAGUGUGGAUCCCACUGAUCUCCAAACUUUGCCUUCUUUUGAGAAAGCAUCCAAUUCUGGGGACUCCUCACCAACUCUUCCGUCUUAUGGUCCUGAGGAAAAUGACUCUCCUUUACAAACACCUACUGCUGAGAUGCUCAACAAGGAGACUGCCUCUCCUCCUUCCUCCGUGGACAGUCCUGAUUCUUCUACUAGUCCCACACCAAAGCUAGCAGGUUCCAGUUCUGAGGAGAGCCCUGGGAAGAAGGAAGAGAGUAAGGUCCAGAUCAAGAAACAGAAGAUGCCAAUGGUGUUCUCUCAGGCUCAGCUGUGCACGCUCAAUGAAAGGUUUCAGAAACAGAAGUACCUCAGCCUCCAGCAGAUGCAAGAACUUUCUAGCAUUCUAAAUCUCACUUACAAACAGGUUAAGACCUGGUUCCAAAACCAAAGAAUGAAAUGUAAAAGAUGGCAGAAAAGCAACUGGCCAAAGACCUUCAACAGUGUUCGAAAGGAAAUGGCAAUUAAAGCUGAAAAACCUAGGUAG